AUGUCAUCUCGAUGGGAGUCGCGCGACACCGAAGCGGGUGGUGCCUAUACCGUAGUUGCGCAAGGCGAUGCUGUAGAUCCUCCAUCGCAGGGACAGAACAUCAACAAUGCCGGCCAAAAUGACCCAAAUCUCGAAGCUCCUGAUUACAUUGGUUCUGUGCCAACGCCAGAGGACAUGCUGUUCCUUCCACGCGUUGCCGAUACGCUUCCACGAGGAGCCUUCCUAAUCGCCAUUGUCGAGCUUUGCGAGAGAUUCGCGUACUACGGUCUAUCCGGACCGUUUCAGAACUACAUCGCCAACGAGUAUCACGACUCCAAUGGACUCCCUGGCGCCCUCGGUUUCAAGCAAGCAGGCGCAACCGCAAUGACCAAUUUCUUCCAAUUCUGGUGCUACUGUACGCCAUUGCUGGGUGCAGUUAUCGCGGACCAAUAUUGGGGCAAGUAUGUGACCAUCAAAUGGUUUAGUCUGGUCUACAUGCUCGGUAUCACGAUCUUGUUCGUCACUAGCCUUCCUUGGAGUAUCCAGAGCGGUGUAGCGUUUCCCGGGCUCGUCGCUGCGAUGCUCAUCAUUGGUCUUGGGACUGGUGGCAUCAAGAGUAAUGUCUCUCCUUUGAUUGCCGAGCAGGUACGGUCAACAAAACCUUUUGUCAAGACGAUGCGUGGAAAGCAAGUCAUUGUGGACCCAGAACUUACGGUGCAACGCGUGUACAUGAUGUUUUAUGUCUGCAUUAACUUGGGAUCUGUUUCAGCGAUUGCCACAACCAUGCUGGAGUUACAUGUUGGCUUCUGGAGCGCCUACCUUCUUCCGUUUGUCAUGUUCUGUGUCGGCUUCAUAGUACUUGUACGUGGAAAGAAACAGUACAUCAUCAGGCAGCCACAAGGGGGUGUUAUUGGGAAUUGUUUCCGUGCUCUCUGGAUUGCAUCAAGGAAUGGGGGAAAUCUGGAUACAGCAAGACCUUCUGCACAAAGAGGUCACAGAAGAAUUGCCUGGGAUGACAGGUUCAUCGACGAACUCAAAACCGCGCUGGUAGCAUGCAAGGUUUUCCUCUUCUUUCCAAUAUAUUGGGUCACAUACUCACAGAUGAUGAACAACUUCGUUUCUCAAGCUGGACAAAUGGAGCUGCAUGGACUGCCCAAUGACAUACUGCCGAACAUUGACCCUAUUACGAUCAUUCUUAUGAUCCCGUUGAUGGAUCGGCUGAUCUACCCGUUCCUCCGCACCCGCCUUCAUCUUGCCUUGACGCCCAUUACACGUAUAACACUAGGGUUUCUAGUCGCCUCCCUUGCGAUGCUGUAUGCUGGUGUUCUUCAAUGGUACAUUUACGCAGCCCCACCGUGCUACGAUUAUCCUCUGAAAUGUGAUGCUGGUAAGCUAGCGGAUGGCAAGCUGGAGCCAAAUCGGAUUCACGUCGCAUGGCAGACGCCGGCAUAUAUACUUGUUGCUCUAAGUGAAAUUCUCGCAAGCAUUACCGGGUUGGAGCUAGCAUAUGCAAAAGCACCCGAGAAUAUGAAGAGCUUCAUUAUGAGUCUCUUUCUACUUACUUCGGCUGGGGGGAGCUUGUUGGGUAUUUUGAUUGCGCCUUUUGCUAAGGAUCCACAUCUCCAGUGGCUGUACUUUGCCUUGGCUACUGCUGCAGCUAUUACGGGCUAUGCCUUUCAUCGGAUGUUCAAAGAUGUCAAUCAAGGAGUGCCCGUGAACAAGGUCGUCGAGAGUGCAGAAGAGUUUGAACUACUGGAUCGAAGGAGCGGAGAUGAUGACGAAUAA